UGUUAACUUUCUUCCAUUCAUAGCUACAAUGACCCACUUAAGUGUUCAUCAGCUCCAAUUCAUCUUCGGUUUAUUGGGUAAUAUAAUAUCGUUCAUGGUGUUUCUAGCUCCGAUGCCAACAUUUUGGACCAUCUACAAGAAGAAAACUUCUGAAGGAUUCCAUUCUAUACCUUAUGUGGUGGCAUUGAUGAGUGCAAUGUUGCUUCUUUAUUAUGCUGUUCUUAAGACCAAUGCCAUUUUGUUAAUCAGCAUCAACUCUUUUGGAUGUGUCAUUGAACUUUUCUAUAUAGCUCUCUACCUCUUUUACGCUCCUAAGAGACAAAAGAUAUUUACAUUGAAGAUGUUAGUAAUGUUCAACUUGGGUUCUUAUGGAGUAAUGGUAGGAGGAACAAUGCUUAUAUUUCAUGGUAAUAAGCGCACAGAUGCUGUUGGAUGGAUUUGUGCAGCUUUCAAUCUUGCUGUUUUUGCUUCUCCUUUGAGCAUCAUGAAGAAGGUGAUAACAACAAAAAGUGUGGAGUAUAUGCCAUUUUCGCUAUCAUUUUUUCUCACACUUUCAGCCACCAUGUGGUUCUUCUAUGGCUUCUUCAUCAAAGAUCCCUUCAUUGCUCUGCCAAACAUUGUGGGGUUUGUACUAGGAAUGAUCCAAAUGAUAAUGUACAUGAUCUAUAGAGGUAGAAAGAGAAAUGUUCUUGAAGGCAAAGAAGAGAAGCUUGAGGAAGGAGGCAAGAAAUAUGAAGCAAAUCACCAAACUCUCUCAACAUUCAACAAUCAAAGAGCAACAAAGGAGAUCAAUAUGAUAAUCAAUAACAAUGCAUGA